AUUAAAAUGUGAAAAUAAUUUCAGUGAGCUUAAAAAUACUUUUAUUGAAAAGAAUGAAACGCUAUCGAUAUGUGAAAAUAAAUUCAAUGUGCUUAAUAAAACAUUUAUAGAAACGAAUGAGAGUCUAGUAAAUUGGGAAAAUAAUUUCAAUGAGCUUAAUGAGACAUUUAUUGAGCAGAAUAAUGAGUUGUUAAAGCAAAGAAAAGACUUACAAAUGUGCAAAACAGAUAACCAAAUGUUAAAGAUAAAUGAGAAAAGGAUUUCAGAUAGUUACACUUCGAGUAUUCGUUCAGUAAAUGUACCUGACUAUGGUUCAUUCGAUGUGUUCUUCAAUAAUAAGACAGCUGAAAAAGACUGGAUAGUAAUCCAACAGAGAGUAGAUGGAAAAGAAAAUUUCUUUCGCGAUUGGAAUACUUACGUAGCAGGCUUUGGAUCUUUUGAGGGAGAUUUCUUUCUAGGCCUAGAGAAGAUUCAUCGACUAACGUACUCGACACGCUAUCAACUCAUGAUUCGCGUGGAAUACUUCAAUGAGACUAUACGAUACGUUGGCUACGAUAAUUUUAAAGUUGACGGCAAGAAAACAGACUAUACAUUGAGCAGUUUGGGUCAAUAUUCUGGCGAUAAAGACGAUCAAUUCGCACGCAACAAUUUACGAUGGCACGAAGGCAUGAAAUUCUCAACGUUCGACAACGAGAAUGAUUUGUGGAAUAAGGAGUGUGCACAGGUUCAUCGUGGGGGAUGGUGGUACAAUCGUUGCACAUCUAGCAAUUUGAAUGGAGAAUUCUCAGUGACGGACGGCAGCAAAUUCGCACAAAUGUAUUGGGCAGACUAUUUGCCCCUGAAGAAUGUUCAAAUGAUGAUACGAAAAUAUAAACCUUUGUAACAAAGUGAAUUACAAAAUAUGC